UUGUAGGCCUUAUGCCAGGUGUCAAUAUACAAUAGGUUGUUGUAUUUUGACGUCGUACAUCGGACUGGUAUAAUUUGUGGAGUUUCUUGCACUUUUCCUCGUCAAACAUCAACUUACAGGAGACUCACUCCAAAAAGCUCGCUCACAGACUCACUUCUCUAACUACUACUGUUUCCCGCCUCUUCCACAGUGAAAUUCCGACCAACCUCCCCGCCCACUCCUCCAUCUCUUUUUCUUUCCCGAUAAAUCACCUCCGAUAGUCGAUAAAAACAGCUACUCCAUUGUUAUAUGCUCAUGGAUUACUGAAAGAGCUGACGGUGGGAGCAUGAACUGAAAUUUGCAAACUCCCACCCCUCUGCUCGCUGCUGACUUCACUAAUGGCUUCCACCAGCUCAACGCCCACUGACCCUUCUUCUUGUAUAGCGGAGGACACGGCAGGCAAAGCCGUAAACAAGCGAUACGAAGGGUUGGUUGCGGUUCGAACGAAGGCGACAAAGGGCAAAGGAGCAUGGUACUGGACUCAUUUAGAGCCAAUUCUCAUCAGAAACCCAGACACAAGUCUCCCCGAAGCAAUCAAACUCAAGUGUUCUUUAUGCGAAGCCGUCUUUUCAGCCUCAAACCCAUCGAGGACUGCCUCUGAGCAUCUCAAACGAGGCACCUGCCCCAAUUUCAACUCCGUUUUGAGAGCCAAUUCUGUAGUUUCGCCUUUGCUUAUUUCGUCUUUUCCUUCUCCUCCUUCGCAUAAUCAUGGAAAGCGAAACUCUCACAUGGCUAACCCUUUAAAUUCAGUGGCUACCAUUGAGUCAACUCGUUCUUGUAACGAGCUCGGUUAUUCUAAUGCUAGGUUAUGUCAGCAUCAGCAUUUGGUGUUAUCUGGUGGAAAAGAGGAUUUGAGUGCUUUGGCAAUGUUGGAAGAUAGUAUUAAGAAGCUUAAGAGCCCAAAAGCUUCUCCUCGUCCUUCUUUAAGCAGGGACCAGAUUGACUCUGCUUUUGAAUUAUUAGCUGAUUGGUUCUAUGAGGUUUGUGGGUCAGUCUCAUUUUCAAGCCUCGAGCACCCAAAGUUUCGAGCUUUCCUUCAUCAAGUAGGCUUGCCUAUUUUUUCAAGGAGGGAAUUGUCUGGUGCUAGACUAGAGAAGAGGUUUGACAUGGCAAAGUCUGAGGUGGAAGCUAGAAUUAGAGAUGCUAUGUUCUUUCAAGUUACUUGUAACGGCUGGAAGAACAAGAAUUGUUGCAGUGGAGAAGAGAACUUGGUUAAGUUUAGCAUUAAUCUUCCAAAUGGUACUAGUUUGUAUCAAAAAACAGUGUUAACUGGAGGAUCGUUGUCUUCAAAUUAUGCAGAGGAGAUUAUGUGGGAGGCAGUCAUGAGCAUAUGUGGGAGUGCUUUACCGAGGUGUGUGGGGAUAGUUGCAGAUAAGUACAAGGCCAAGGCACUGAGGAAUUUGGAGAUUCAGUAUCAGUGGAUGGUGAAUCUCUCAUGUCAGGUUCAAGGGUUACUUAGUCUAAUUAAGGAUUUCUGCAAGGAACUUCAACUUUUCAGGACUGUGACUGAAAAUUGCUUGAAGCUCGCCAAUUUUGUAAAUAAUGUAUCUCAAGUCAGGAGUAGCUUCCAAAAAUUCAGGAUGCAGGAGCUUGAUUAUGCUGGGUUGCUUCGAGUUCCUUCCAGUAAAUGUGAAUGCACAAAGGAUUUUACGCCCGUUUAUGUGAUGCUGGAGGAUAUAUUGAGCUGUGCCCGUGUGCUCCAGAUGGUUGUCUUGGAUGAUUCAUAUAAGAUGAUAAGAGUGGAGGAUUCUGUUGCUGAGGAAAUUGCUGGAAUGAUUCAAAAUGAGGGGUUUUGGAAUGAUUUGGAGGCAGUUUAUUCACUAAUGAAGCUCAUCAGAGAGAUGGCCCAUGAGAUUGAGGUGGAGCGGCCAUUUAUAGGGCAGUGCCUCCCUCUUUGGGAGGACUUGAAAGCAAAAGUGAAGGAUUGGUCUGCCAGAUUCAACAUUGUUGAUGGACACGUUGAGAAAAUGGUAGAAAAGAGAUUCAGAAAGAACUACCACCCAGCAUGGUCUGCUGCAUUUAUACUUGACCCGCUUUACUUGAUGAGGGACGCAAGUGGAAAGUACCUUCCUCCAUUCAAGUGCUUGACACAUGAGCAGGAGAAACAUGUCGACCAGCUUAUAACCCGACUGGUUUCUAGGGAAGAAGCUCAUGUUGCCUUAAUGGAGCUAAUGAAAUGGAGAUCAGAAGGGCUAGAUCCACUGUAUGCACAGGCUGUUCAGGUUAAACAGAGGGACCCCUUUACGGGAAAGAUGAAAAUUGCACAUCCGCAGGGCAGCAGGUUAGUGUGGGAAACUUGCCUGAGUGAAUAUAAAGCAUUAGGCAAGGUUGCAGUCAGGCUUAUCUUCCUCCAUGCGACCUCUUGUGGGUUCAAGUGCAAUCGGUCUUCCAUGAAAUGGGUUUGCAAUUGUAUGCAUAGGAACUCAACUGUGGGCCGCGAAAGGGCUCAAAAAAUGACAUUUAUUGCGGCUCAUGCAAAGCUUGAAAGACGGGAUUUCUUGAACGAAGAAGAAAAAGACGGAGAGCUUCUCCACGCGGCAGGCUGCGAGGAUGAUAUGCUAGAGGUCUCUUCUGAUGCACUAUCAUUGUAAUGCUUUCGUGAAGGAGCUGUGACCCUUUCGCCGUCAUUUCGUCAGUAUUUUGAUUAUACUUUUCUGUUUAAAAAAAUAAUACUAACUUAAGAUGUAUCUACAAGUUGUAAACUCAGUGGUGUAGUUUAAAUCCUGAAAAAGCAAAGAAGACAUAUUUGAAAGCAA